CCGGGCACCCGGAGUGUUCGGUGUCUGGCGCCCGUGCGUGAUGACGUACACGCGCGCCAAGACGUGGGGACGCAGGCGGGCCGUAGAGAGCAUACCAGCAAUUCACAGUCAUGGUUGUAAUGAGUCCGUUUGAUUCCAACUUUGAGCAAAUGUAGGAAUAAAUACUGUGCCUACUGCCCAUGUAGUCUCUUCCUUCGUACCAAAGUAUUCAAGAUUUCCUUGUUUCUUUCAAGGUUCAGCUCCCUGUAUAUCUUCCCAGAUGCCUAAAACCUGACCACAUUUUCCCAUCACUGGGUUGAUAUCUAACCAUGCAGCGGAGAUCAAGAGGAAUUAAUACUGGACUUAUUCUGCUCCUUUCUCAAAUCUUCCAUGUUGGGGUCAACAAUAUUCCACCUGUCACCCUAGCAACUUUGGCUGUCAACAUCUGGUUCUUCUUGAGUCCUCUGAAGCCAUUGUUGGGCUCCUGCCUUAGCGUGGAGACGUGUUACCAGCAGAAAGACUGGCAGCGCCUACUGCUUUCUCCUUUUCACCAUGCAGACGAUUGGCAUUUGUAUUUCAAUAUGGCAUCCAUGCUAUGGAAAGGAAUCAAUCUGGAAAGGAGACUGGGAAGUAAAUGGUUUUCCUAUGUCAUCGUCACAUUCUCGCUACUCACUGGGGUGGUGUACCUGUUGUUGGAAUUUGCUCUUGCAGAAUUUAUGAAUGAACCUGGCUUCAGAAGGAACUGUGCUGUAGGUUUCUCAGGAGUUUUGUUUGCUUUGAAAGUUCUUAACAACCAUUAUUGCCCUGGAGGCUUUGCCAACGUUUUGGGCUUUCCUGUACCCAACAGAUUUGCUUGUUGGGCAGAACUUGUGGCUAUUCAUUUCAUCUCGCCAGGGACUUCUUUCGCUGGGCAUCUGGCCGGGAUUCUCGUCGGACUAAUGUACACUCUUGGGCCUCUGAAGAAAAUCAUGGAAAUGUGUGCAGGCAAUUUUCCCUCCCCUGUUCAUUACCCAGGACAGCAGUACUACUUUAAUAGUUCAGGCUACUCCAGAUAUCAGGAUUAUUACCCCCACGGCAUGCCAGGUUACUCUGAAGAAGUACCCAGGGACUAUGACGCAUACACAGCAGGACUGAAUGAAGAGGAACAACUGGAGAGAGCGUUAAGAGCCAGCCUCUGGGACCGAGGAAACAGCCCCCCGGGUCCCCUGCCCUACGGGUUCCGUCUCUCACCAGAGGAAGAAAUGAGGAGGAAGCGGCUUCACAGAUUUGACAGCCACUGAGGGGGCAGGGCAUCCUGGGCAAAAGUGGUCCAGUCGUGUGAUCAUUGCCCAUGUGGCUCAUCAUUUCCCAAGCCCCUACUUGAACCAAAAGCACAGUACAGCUUUAUCUCACAUCUGCCUCGGCUCGUCACCCCGUGGCCCCUGUGGGUCUCCAUCCACCAGCAGAUUGACUUGUCUUGAAACCAGACUUCUGGAAGCAGCCCACGGCUCUCUGGGCCCUUCUCCCGGCCUCCUCCUGUGUCACAGGCGGAAGGUCCGUUCCUCCAGGCCGGGACCACUUUCCACACUCCCUCCUGGUGCGGCCAGCCCGGCGGUGCCUCUGCCUCGUUCUGGUUUUGAAGACUGUGACUUUCACCAGCCUGGAAGGUCAGGCCCCCCCUUCUGUCCGGCGUGCCCAGUGCAGGGCUUGGCAAGAAGAGAGAAGCCAUGCCUCGGCCUCCUGACACGUGGCUGCGAUGACUUUCCGGGAAACACGACAUGGCUGCCGUAAGAGCGUGUUGUCCGCUCGCCCUUGCCCGAGCACCUCGGCCUCUUGGGCGCCCACGUGCGGGUGGCGUUGACAGCGUACUGGACUUGUUCUUCCAUUGCUCUGUCUUUAGAGAACGUCGGGCUGAAAAGGCCUGGGUCAGACCUCGGGGACGCCGCCUACACACUCCGUAGACAUCAGGUGGCACUGACGUUGGGGGCGCACAGCGGCCUCUCCAGCGAGAGGAUAGGUUCCCAGAGAUGUCACUUGGGUUAGCUAACCAGCCAGCCAAGCAGCAGCAGGUGCUACCAGCAGAGUAAAGCAGUCAUUUGGUGGGCUGGUCGCUGAGAAAGCCCUUUUGAGGAAGUAUUUUUUCCCCCAUAAAAGUGCCUUUUAAAUGGCCACUGUAACAGCCGCUUGUCCUGCCCAGGUGCCCAGGACCCACCUAGAAGCCCUCAGUGUUAGAGCCCACGGGCCAUCCAUGUCACUUAAGACUAUUUCCUGGUGCCUGUGUUUCAUGAAUAAAAAGACAAAGUCAGAUAUCACUGAUGUCUUAUUGUCACUGAGGUAUUUAUCUUUAAAGAGAGUUGAAGCAGAAAAGGAUCUUCCUAUUUUCAUUGAUAUUUCUAGCAUUUAUAUAUAGUUUUAUGAUCAUGAAAGUAAUAUAUGUGCCUUAUAUAUGCAUAAAGCAAACAUCUGAAGGCAAUAUACCCAUAUGUUAACAGAGGUUAUCUCUGGGGGCAGAGCACGUAGAAUUUUUGCUUUCUGGUUUUUUACAAUUUUAUAUCGCAGUGUUUAAAGAAUGUGUGUAUUUGGGGCGUCUGGGUGGCUCAGUCGGUUAAGUGUCUGACUCUUGAUUUCGGCUCAGGUCCUGAUCUCAUAGUUAUGAGAUCACAUCCCACAUCAGGCUCUGUGCUGAGCACAGAGUCUGCUUGGGAUUCUCUCUCCCCCCUUCUCUCUCUGCUCUCUCUCUCACAUAAAAAAAAAAAAGUGUGUAUUUGUAUGUAUGUAUAUUACUUUUGCAAUCAAUAAAACUGAUUUAUAUAAUAAAACCAGAAAUAUAUAAUCAGGAAAAUAGAUUUAAUAAGGA